UAUAAAACGUUAAAAAUGAACGAAUUUAUUUUACUUGUUAAACGAAGUACAUAUUAUUAUAUUUUACAAUUUAAAUAUUCGGUUAUUCAGAUUUGUCACUUUGGAAAAAAUAUGUAUUUGCUAUUUCAAAUAAUUUUGUCUACUGGACUAAUAUGUUCAACAUCAGCAGUGUAUAAACAAGUUAAAUAUAUUGAUAAGUGGUCAGUAAAAAAUUUAGAAAAAGCUCAACGAGCAUUUUAUAAUUGCACUGCUAAUUUAAAUAUAAAUGAAUACAUAUAUAAAAAAAAAGACACAUUUGAUGGAUUUUUAGAUAAGUUGAGGGGCGAUAUGAUUAUCGGUAGAAUGAAAAAUCCCAUUGAAAUGAGUACCAAAAUAUUAGAAUACUUAAGUUUUGACACGGCACCGCCUUUUGCUCUAGGCUGGCGCUCACCCGUGUCUCUCUCGAUAUCAGCCGUCCAGCUAUUAAUAUGACAAUCGGUUGUCAUCGGUCGUCACCCCGCCCUUGACACUGAGAUAAGGCCGCCGCCGAAUAUGGAUUACCGAGAUUGCGUUCUGUUCCGUUUCCGACGUACACCUUAACUGGUUGCUCGAUUCUGUUUUUUUUGUUGUCUUUUUCAGCCUUUUGGUUAGUUUUUUUUCGUUUACGCUUUCGCUGUCUGUAUCGCGACUGUUAUUUUCUCCUACGCGAUAGACAGAUACUAUCAGCAUACAAUUGUGCGGUGUGUCAUAAGUGUACGCAUUAAUAAAAAUUGUUUGAGCGAACUAACUAUAGAUAUAUAAAUACGCCACUAUUCAUUUAUUUGAUACAUUACAUACACGCCAAACCGUAUAUUGGAUUACGCAUUAACUAUUACAUACACGCCAAACCGUAUACUGGAUUACGCUAUAACUGGCUCCCCGUUGAAAGGAAUCUCAACCGGACGAGGAAAAUUAAGGUAAGAGGCUUUGAGCCGAUUCAGUUUUAUUUCUAAUUAUAUUAGAUUUUAGUUUUAACGUGAAACGGUGAAGUCUCCCUUAUAAAUUUAUUAGUUCAUAUAGUUAUUUGAACGGAUUUCACUGGUGACAGCAGUGAAUUUUUACCUGGGUUAUUCACAGUUACGUGUUAGCGGUAUUAGAUUUAGCCUGGGCUCUGGGAAAAUUUUCUUUAAAUAAAAAUAAAGUUAGAGCAGUUUAUCUAAUAGAAUCCGCCGUAGGUAUUGUCGUUUUAAAACUGUUGGUUACAGUUAUUAUAAAGACCUUAUUGAUAGCGACAAAAGUGAAUUUCCGGCCGAUAGUUACAGUCUUUUGGUAGAUAAAAAUCGUAUAUUUUCGUCUGACCUUGUCAAAGCGGCCGAUUCUCAGGUAAACGUUAUUAUUAUUGUUCACUCGCUGCCAUAUCAUAUACGGCGGCCCCGGGCCAUUUUAUCGCGGUCAUUGUCACAACAAUAGCAAUAAUAAUAACACUUGUUUUCUACAGCAAUAGUAAAUUUUGACCGUACACGGAGAUAUUGUUUAUCUCCGCUAUUAUAGUAACAUACAUUUGAUUAUUAGUAUUGUAAAUAAACAAAAUAUUCACGGUCAAUAUGUCGGGGAAAACUUUAGCACAAAUGAAUUGCGCUGAAUUACGUCGCGAAUGCGCUUUUAGACAGCUACCAUGCUACGCGACAAAACCCAAUAUGCUAGUUAUGCUGGAGGAAAACAUACGUAGCGAAGGGAGGGACCCAGCUACCGAAAUUUUACCACCCCGUACGCCGCUCGAUAGCGAAAAUUCGGUCCGCGAACCCGAAGUGGUGGUUGUAGACAACUCCACGGACCGCACCCGCGAAUUCGACGCGAACUAUCAGCGGCCCGGCGUAGCACCGUUACCGGAGGAACAUCCGGUGAACCUCGCGCUACACACAUCAGACGACGAGUCUGAUGUCGACCAACCGGGGGAUAUUACGCGCGCAAGCGGUCAACUAGGCGUGCCAUACGUUGAAGACGUAUACGUUGCCCGCUCGAUAGCGCACGCGGCAGAACAAGUCGGGGCGAUCCGACAGAAUAUUCGCGAUAUUUCGAAUAACGCGCGGAUCGAGGCACGGAUGACUGAACUAGAACGCUCGCUAUCGCGUAUGUCAUUGGAACAGCGACAGAUUUCAAAUAUGCUGGAGCGACUCAGUCAAAAUAUGCUGCCGUCCCCACACGUUGAUGCACAACCGACUAUUCGUCAAGUUAACGUCGAACGAAACGAUAGUCGACGAUCGGACGCGCAUCGCGUUACAUUCGGUCCAUCGGGAGCGACGGACCCGACACGCCACGACGCAACUUUACACGAGCGCCUCGCGGACAUCGAAGCGCAGGAAGCCCGCAACAUGAGACGUUCGUACGGACAAGCGUCGCGCGCGUCGCUACCACGAAUGUGUAGCACGGGUUGGCAAGACGAACAUAUUCCGCGCUCUCAUACAUAUGAGAACGAGCCGACAGAUUUUUCGUUUACGCGCCAGCCACGGGAGGGGCAAUCCAACACAACCGACGGUCGUCGGUCCUUCAAUGAUUUGUCGCCUACCCGCAGCUCGCGGUCUGUGCUGGUACCUUACCACGACCUACGCACCGUACGCGCCUGUUUACCUGAAUAUUACGGGAGAAACGAAGAGGACCCACGGGAGUUUCUAGACAGAGCGGAGGAUCUACUCUGUCAGGGCGGUAUACACCCAACUGCGUGGGUGAACAUCGUCGUCCCGUUUUUGAACGACAGGGCAGGUGAUUGGUGGCGAGCUAUAAAAUUAAACAAUAUGCCAUGGGCGGAAUUUAGGUCCGAAUUACUCGAGGAGUUCGACAAUAUCGACAUCCGGACGGCGCUCGAGACGGACUUAAAAACGACGCGACAGGGCCCCCGACAAACGUUAACUGAAUUUAUCAUUCAUAAACAACGAUUGGCCGCGCGAGUACGUUGUGGUUUACCAGAACAACAACUUGUGCGACAGUUAACGGGGCUUUUACGGGACGAUUACCGCGCUAUGAUACGGUUAAUGCACCCAGCGUCUUUCGCCGAUCUACGUGAAAUAGCGCACGACGUAGAUAAAACCGCGGCUCCUCGGUACGCUCCGCCAGCGUCCCGACAGCCAGCCGAUCUGCAUCCGCGGCAUACCGCGCAACCAGCGGCCCGACAGCGAGCGGGUUAUGCACAUGCGGACGCACCGCCUACCCCGUGCCGAUAUUGCGGCGAGCGACACUGGCACCGCCAGUGCCCAAACCGGCCGUCGGUAUCGGGAAACGGCAAUCGGCUAGGAGGGAAUUAGUCCGCCCCUCCAGCCUACAACAGUUUCAAACAGGGCGCAGCGUUUUAGACGACGUCUCGUUCAAAACGCGCCCUGCCGCUUCGCAAUUUUUAUUCGGUAACAUACCACACAGCACGACCGUCGCGCAGAACACCGAAUCUAACGGCCCUUACGAGUUACAUACCGCCAACGAUCUUGGCACUUUUUCGGCACCGCACCCCUCUUAUCGGAAUGGAGGGGACGCCGCGGUAAAUUCGGAUGUAAUCAGGGUAUCGGAGUUCGAACACGCUGCCGACACGAACGAACAAAGCGCGAGUCAAGUGUUCGAAAUUUUUUUAUUCCAUCAUGAAAUUUUUCAGCAUUAUUCUUUGCCAAUUAACAACAUUUUUUUUUUGUAAAAAAUUAUACCAUUCAAGAAUAUAAAAUGUAUGGGUCCACUUCAGUAUAAUUUCAAUUUGAUAUUAUUGUCAAAGACUCAUUUUCAUUGUGAUUCUCAAGACUAACAAAUUUGUUUUUCGAAAUUACGAUAAAAAAACGGAAAAUUUUAAUGAACUCUACUUUAUUUU